CUUUGCUUUUGGAGAGAGAGAGAGAGAGAGAGAGAGAGAGAGAGAGAGAGAGAGAGAGAGAGAGAGAGACUGGUGCCUUUGUACAAAAGGGAUCAAGGGAAUGUAAUUUGGCAAGUGCCAGAGCAUAGGGGUCUAUUGAAGAAGAAGACAAAUGAGGACCAAGCUGAAAGAGCAAGAGAACACUAAUAAAGAAUCCCCAAACAUAGACAUUUUAUUGUGGUGAGAGGGAAAAGGCAGAGACAGAGAGAGAGAGAGAGAGAGAGAGAGAGUGAGAGAGAGAGAGAGAGAUAGAGGCGUGUUGCUACCCCGGACUGUCUGAUUUACUUUCAGUUAUUUGAGGAGGGCAGAAGAUCUGCUAAAAAUUCCUCCAGAGGAUCAAGUGCUGUUCUGGUUCUUCAACUCUACACAGUUCACCUGGUCAGAAGAGAAGCGCUCCUGAGCCAUGAAGAGACCUCAUGAUUACAGCUCUCCAGAUUCAGAUGCAGACGAGCUGAUCGACGUUGGGCAGGAGGACAGUUACAGUUCUGUCACUGGGUCCAUGUCUCCCGGCAGCACUUCACAGAUCCUAGCCCGCAAGAAGAGAAGAGGGAUCAUUGAGAAGAGGCGCAGAGACAGGAUCAACCAUAGUCUGUCAGAGCUCAGGAGACUCGUCCCCAGCGCCUUUGAGAAACAGGGGUCAUCUAAACUCGAGAAGGCUGAGAUUCUUCAAAUGACAGUGGAUCAUCUCAAAUUGUUGCAUGCCAUGGGUUCAAAAGGUUAUUUUGAUGCUCGUGCCUUGGCAGUAGACUAUAGAACGUUGGGAUUUCGUGAGUGUGUUGGUGAGGUGGUGAGGUACCUCAGCUCUCUGGAUGGUGCAGAUUCUUCAGAUCCUAUUGGUGCCCGUUUGGUGUCCCACCUGAGUCAUUGUGCCAGUGAGCUUGACCCUCUGCAUCAGAGCCCAGCCACCCUGGCCUUUCCUCCUUGGCCUUGGGGCUCCUUUCCUCAGCUCAGUGCCUCCUCAAGCCCAGCCUCUCCUUCCACCUUUCCUCCUGCCAACCGCCGAGACAUGGCCACUCAUGCUGCUGCAACUCUCCUGGCGUACCCCUCACCGACCGUGUGUUUGGCACCGCUGGGAAACCAGGGGGCGCUUUUAAGCCCUGCAUUAUCUCCAGUGCACAGGAUGUCCUCUGUUUCAUCGCACCCUCAUAGACUGGCAGUGCCAUCCACAGAGAGCUCGACUGUUCCUUCACCUUUGCAUUCUAUACCACCUUGUUCUCAUAACUCCUCCUCCCCCUCCUCUAAUUCCUCUUCAUCUUCCCCUUCCUCUUCAUCCGCUGGUCAUCCUCAGGUUUCUUUCAGACCCUUCGUUGCUCUGAGGUCUCCAGCCGAACUGAUAAGGAUCAGCAAGUCAGCGCACACUUGGGGAACAGAGAUCGGGGCCUUCUGAUUCAUCCAACUUAGUGGACUUUUUACAAAUAUGCAACUCAUUCCUUGUUGGGACAAGGAAGCUAUGAUAUCACCAGUAAUAUCCAUUUUGAUUAUAGCCAUUACAAACUGUUAAGAUUGUAUCAUCUAAGCACUCCCUAUGCUGUUACCUAAAAAUGCAAAAUCCAAACAGUGUCAACUGAACAAUGCAAAUAGUGAUACAUCCGAUUUGAAAUGCAAUUAUACCUAUUAUUUAAAUAAAAAGAGGUUUUAACUUAAUGCUUUAGCAUCAUAUAACAGAAAAGUGUGACUGGUGAAAAGGGACAGGUGAUACAAAUGUGCCUUUCUCAAUAUAAACACAGAACAAUAUCAACACUAAUUCCAUUAUCCCUACUAAUGUAUUUUCCUGUUUGUUUGCUUAUUCGUUUCCUCAGACACUUAAAUAUGUUUAUUCAGAUUCAUCUAUGUUAUCCAUUUGACAUGAAAUUGCUUGUGGAGAUUUCAUAAAGACAAAAGUGCCUUUUCAAA